UCAGCCAAUCGCGCGGCGGGAAGGCGGGCGAGGGCGGCGGUGCCUGACAAGAUGGAGGAAUACGCGCGUGAGCCCUGUCCCUGGAGGAUAGUAGAUGACUGCGGAGGUGCUUUCACGAUGGGAGCGAUAGGAGGUGGCAUUUUCCAAGCUAUCAAGGGGUUCAGGAAUUCCCCAGUGGGUGUGAACCACCGGCUGCGAGGAAGUCUGACAGCAAUUAAAACAAGAGCUCCACAACUGGGAGGUAGCUUUGCUGUCUGGGGAGGGCUCUUCUCCAUGAUCGACUGCAGCAUGGUCAGAAUGAGAGGGAAAGAAGAUCCGUGGAAUUCCAUCACGAGCGGGGCCCUGACCGGAGCCAUAUUGGCUGCCAGAAAUGGCCCCGUUGCCAUGGUCGGAUCUGCUGCCAUGGGAGGAAUUCUCCUGGCUUUAAUCGAAGGAGCUGGUAUUCUCUUGACAAGAUUUGCCUCCACACAGUUCCCCAACGGCCCUCAGUUUUCAGAAGACCCCUCCCAGCUGCAGCCCUCUCAGUUCACCAGUGACUACAGACAAUACCAGUGAGGAUUCUCCUCCUUCUCCUGGUCCACGUUGGCCCCGAGCUGAGAUGUCCCGAGGCUGGAGACGCGGUGUGUCCUCACGCCGGUGGCUGCCUCUUACCCAAACCAGGCCUGGAGGCCCCUCAGCCCUUCCCAGCGUCGCGCUGCGCAGGAGAACUGUUAGAAGAUGACAAAUCUAUUUAUUCCCCGUAGAGUCCAUUGCUGUAAUGUUAACUCAUGUCUGAUAGAAUACACCGAGCUUUGAGACAAGGACCAAACGGAGUCUUGUCGUCCUUUGGACGUGGACUGGAGGGAAGGUCUCUGGAGUCUUCUCCGGGAUGUGGCAGCGACAGCGACCGCGGCCUCUUCCCCGACGGAUUUAGGUCACGACACACAUUUCAGCUUUAACCUACGCGCAGUUUUACCUUCCUAAAGUGAAUAUUACUGGGAGAAUGUGCAAGCCAGUGAAAAUUACUUCCAGCAAUACUUAUUUCACUCCUGUUCUUUGUUUUCCGUGCUGCCGCCACGCAGCCCAGGGUCUCUGGGUAAAGCUGGACCUGCCUUUUUGGGGUCCGUGGGCUGCAGCGUCCCCCGUUGUCCCCUAAACCCUCCAGGCUUUGAGCCCCCUGUGGCAAGAGGUGGCAGCAAGUUAAUUCUUCACCUCUGCUGCUGGUCUUUUCGCCUCAGGUCCAGUCCUGAGCACAAUUAAAGCGGCUGCUCCGUGGUUUUGUUCUUAAA